GCGGCGGCGCGGCGCAGAGCGCUCGGCGCGACGCAGGGAGCGGAGCGGAACGGGCAGAGAGAGGCGAGCGGGUCCGGGCCUCCUCCCACCUCCUCCUCGGUGCCGUUCCUCGCUCUCCCCGGUCGGCCCUGUCACUGUGAAGGUUCACGAUGUCUGACAGAAAGGCUGUCAUCAAGAAUGCAGACAUGUCCGAGGACAUGCAGCAGGAUGCUGUUGACUGUGCCACACAGGCAAUGGAGAAGUACAACAUAGAAAAGGACAUUGCAGCAUAUAUAAAGAAGGAAUUUGACAAGAAAUACAACCCAACUUGGCACUGCAUUGUUGGCAGAAACUUUGGCAGCUACGUAACACAUGAGACAAAGCACUUCAUCUAUUUUUACUUGGGUCAGGUUGCAAUUCUUCUCUUCAAGUCUGGAUAGGAAGUAGGAGCAAGAGAAAUCUGGACUGUAAUGCACUGAUGGCUGAAGCCACAACUCCCCUUAACAUGGCUAUGCCGCUGCAUGGACUGUAUACUAUAUUUAAUGUGUAUAUGUUGCAGUAAAAUUCUACUUCUGUUUAGUUGCCUGGGAAGAAGGCGGCAUUUUUUGUUACUGCUUUUUUUUUGGUUGUAUUGCACUAGGAAACCUGUAAAUGCUUAAACAAUGGCCUUUACGUGGUAAGAAAUAAAACUGUUCCACAACAGC